GUUUGUUUGUUUAUAAUGGCUUUCGAGGCGUCCCCUUCCUACUACUGGGGGCGUUCUCGUCGACUUUUUUUUCCCCCUCUGGAGCAUCAGUAGCACAGAGCCAGCCCGCGUCCGGUCGGUGCGAGUCCUUCUUGCGGUAUUAUUAUUAUUUUUUUUUAUUUUUAAAAAAAUAUUAUUCCCCCCCCCCCCCCCCCUCUUCCCUCCGAGGGGGAAAACUAACCUCGGCCGGUGGACGCCACAGCGGCCAAUUAAGACUUCGCGAGCCGUGUCGCUGUCGCUGAGGUUUCGUCUGCUGUGGCGUCGGCGCGUGCUCGUCGCGCGUGACCAGGAGGACAGAAAAACAGAUCAAGAUGUCUGCCAGAGGGGGGAAAAAGAAGGCCACCAAGCUGUCCCGCUCAACCCGGGCAGGGGUCAUCUUCCCUGUUGGCCGAAUGAUGAGGUAUCUGCGGACUGGCACACAUAAAUAUCGCAUCGGCAUGGGGGCGCCCGUCUACAUGGCAGCGGUCAUCGAGUACUUGGCAGCUGAGAUUUUGGAGUUAGCCGGAAAUGCUGCACGAGACAACAAGAAAGGCAGAAUAACUCCCAGACAUAUUAAGCUGGCUGUGGCCAAUGAUGAGGAGCUUAACCAGCUUCUUCGGGGUGUGACCAUAUCAAAUGGAGGAGUGCUGCCUCGCAUUCACCCAGAGCUUCUUUCCAAGAAGAGAGGAAGCAGAGUCAAAGUGGACAGCCAGGCAUCCGUCCCCGAGAAGCAGGAAUUACGCUCCAAAAGCACCAAAGCCGUCAAACCCUUGAAAAAGGUUAAGGGCAAACGAGGGCGAAAGUCAAAGCGCACGGACAACGACAAAGAAUCUGUACCAAACUCCACGGCCGAAGAUGGUCCAGGAGAUGGAUUUACCAUCCUCUCAGCCAAGAGCCUGUUCCUUGGUCAAAAGCUUUCUCUUACAGUGACUGAAAUCGGCAAAAUUGGAACAAUCAAGGUGGAUGCUAUAAUUAACCCAACAAAUGCAGAGAUGGACCUCAAAGACGGCGUAGGCAACGCUUUGGAAAAGGCAGGAGGCCAAGAAUUCCUGGAAGAAGUGAAGGAGCUACGGAAAGCACAGGGACCUUUGGAGGUGGCAUCUGUGGCAGUGAGCCAGGCCAGUGGAAUGACAGCCCGCGUCAUCAUUCACUGCAAUUUUCCUCAGUGGGGGUCAGAGAAGUGUGAGGAACACCUAGAAAAGACCGUGGAGAACUGCCUCUCGGCUGCAGAGGAGAAGAAGCUCAAGUCUUUGGCUUUCCCGUCACUCCCUGCCGGACGGAAUGGCUUCCCAAAGCCAACAGCUGCCCAGCUCAUCCUCAAGGCCAUCUCCAACCACUUUGUGUCAUCCACCAACUCCUCUCUGAAAAACAUAUACUUUGUUGUGUUUGACAGCGAGAGCAUCGGGAUCUACCUUCAAGAAAUGGCAAAGUUGGACUCCAAGUGAGGAUCUUAGUUGUUGAUGUUUCUUGGUGUGUCUCGCCGAUGGUGUCGAGAGCUGAUUAACUACGGUGCCCUGGAAAUGCAAAACAAUAUAACAAAUUGUGAAACACGUUUGCAUUUCAGGAAACGCCCGGAAAGGGAACAUCCCAUUUCACAGACAUUCUUAGGAAUGCCACGCAAGACCCGCCCCACUUCAACAUGAUUGGCUCCUGCAUCGCGGGAAGGGUAGGCUACGCAGAUGUCCAUCCCAAAUAUCUUUUUUUUUUUUUUUAAAAACUAAGAAGUUUAUUAUGGUGAGGUUUAGGAGUUGGGUUGGGGUUACGGCAGUUUAGGAUGAGUUAAGGUUCGGAUGAUGGAGGGUAAGGCUAGCGAACGCCGGGCACCGCAGCCGAACCCGACUGAACUCGGGCGCAAUGUGCGUGGGUUGGCCGCCGUUUCCUUGAGCGGCCGAUCGGUCGGCCGCUGGUUUUGACGCGCUGAAAAAUUUGAAUCUCCGUUGCGCGGCGUCUUCACGUCCCGUCUUCCAUUCAAUUAAAUUCAAUUCCGCUACGCUGAAAAUACAUUUGCGGGUUUGCGAGCCGUGCUCAAGUCCUAAAUAGUACAUAGAGCAUCAAAUGUUGUUUAACAUCGAUGCUAAACUAUAUUCAUAAUGUAUGUGUGUGUCGAUGAAAAGCAUAGCUUGUGACCAGAAUGUAUGCAAGGUAGAUCCCUCGCUCGGUACGUUAAAAAAAAUGAAUGGAGCCAGCAUCCUCUCUCUUUAACAACCUGCUUCUUCCUCAACUCUUAAUCUACCUUUUUAUGGUUGAAGAAAUGUGAUCAAGUACAAUAUAUUGUAUAUACAGCAUCAAAUGCCUAUAUAGGCUCGCUGUUCAGGGCGUCCAUAUAUACAAUCGCUAUUUGGGAUGGACAUCUCGUUACAUCUGCGUAGUAGCCUACCCUUCCCGCAAUGCAGGAGCCAAUCACGUUGAAGCGGGGCAGGUCUCGCCGAGAAAGGGCGUAGGAUUUCUAACGUCUGUGAAAUGGGACGUUCCCUUUUCCCGGCGCGUCUUCUUUUUGUGAAUUUGUUUUCUGAAAUGUAAAAAUGUUUCACUUCCAGGCCACCGUCGAUAACCGUAGUGGAUCGAAGUGAAAUUAAGAGGGAAAUGUGAGUUGAGUGGAAAGCUGUUGACCUUUAUGUUGCUGUCCCUUAUAGAUUAGGUAAUUUAAGUCCCUUAAGUUUGCCAUUAUGGUUGCUGUGUCACAGAUGUUUUUACAUUCCAUGUACAAAUAGAAGUUAUUUCGUGGCUUCUGUAGUUUCUGAUACACUAGUUACAAAAAAAAAAAACAAAUUGAAAAAAUGUGGUUCUCAUUCUGCUUUGAAAUAAAAUGUUUUACAUCA